GCUGGCAGCUUCUUUCAGUAUCUUGCUUGGCUUCUCCUGGGCUGCUGCACACCUUUUCCUGACUUCUCUUUGUCUCUGGGUAGGGGCAUGAGCCCUAGAAGCUUUUACCAUCUAGGCACCCUCUUCUACCCCAGUGGGAGGUGAUACCUAUUGCUGGGAACUCCCGUGACUGCUGGUCGUGAUGGGUUUAGGGGCAGGAUGUUUCAGUUGCAAGGAAAGUGGAUGGCCAUUGGAACAGGGAUCUAGUGCUGCUAGAAAACAUGCUGUCUGCAAACUCAACCCUUCACACUGUGUGAUGUUGCAAAGGGCUUGGCUGGAGUCAGCAGUGCCUCUUCUUUCCUUCACACAGCUGGUGUAUUAGAACAGUCUGUGUUCUGUUUGAACUUCAAACACCAGGAUCUGCAGCUGAGCACAGUUCAGUUGUAUUUUAGUGGUUUGAUAACCCAUGGGAGCCACAUUCAGGAAGGGCUUUGUUUUGCACUGUAUGCGGGCUGCAUUUCCCUUUCCUGUUCCAAGGAAGGAAGUGUCAGUGGUGACUUAAAAUAUGAGGAGGAGCAUUCAGUCUCUCCCUGUGGAUCCCAGACCCACCCCCAAGAGGUCCUUCUCCAGUUUGCUUUGUGGACUGUCCUGCUUACUGCAGAGCUGUUGAUCUGCCUGGGCUGCGUGGCAAAGGUUGAAUGCCUUUCCUCACAGCUGUGUGUGGACCUUGGCCUUCCAGCCUGUCCUUGCACACAUCGCACACUUCUGUCAUAGUUGCACACUGUGAAGAGCUAAAAAUCCUGUGUUAGACAUCAUGUGAGAGGUCACAGAACCACAAAAUACUUAGUUGAAGUGCACCCCCUUGGAUCAUUGAGUCCAAUUCUUUAAGUGAAUAGCCUACACAGGGAUUGAACCCAUGGCACUAUUAGCACCAUGCUUUAACCCACUGAGCUAAUCUCGGUGUAGAAUCUCCCUAAUUCUUCCCCUUCCAGAAUUUAAAGUCAUUAUUAUUAAAUACUAGCUGAAAAACUAGAAAUCAAAGGGGAAUGUUUUCCAAAUAAUGUGCUGUUAUACCAUUGUUUUGAGACUCCAAGCUCUCCUCUGUCACCUCUACUGGAGUGGGUACCUCUGAUCUAGUCACUGCACUGGCGCCAUUUCUCAUGUUGAUGGCAAGAGAGGAGACCAUGACUAGGGUCCUGGGGGAAAAUUGCUGUCUUGCAGGGACUCCUAACUCUUACUGAUAGCGGAAACUUCCAAGAAACUGAAGCAGCUUCUGCAGUUCUGCUGCCUGGUGCUACUGGCUGCCUGUCCUUGCUCCUUCAUUGCAGGGCAGAGUCUUUGUGUGGCUGCUGCAAGAAAACAUGCUGGGUAUCUAAGGGGAGCAGCAAGCAAGGAGAGAGAUCUCAGCUUGGGUCAAACAGCUCUACAUGUUGGGUGGUAGGUCAUCAUUAUCAAGCUGAUGCACUUCCAGACUGCUGCUGGGUUUACUUCACUAUCAUUAAAUGUUAAUUUCUGAUAGUGUUUUUCAGUGGCAUGGAGUUACAAGGAGUGGUUAAAAAAAAACAUGUUUGUUACCAGGGCAUGCAGCACUUUUUAGGCAGUGCAGCACAUUGAAGCCAGAAGCUCCUGCAAGCCUGUCUUUUUCUUUGGGGACAUGAGGGGAAGUGGAAGACAGAGGCCCCUCACCACAUGAUUAUUCUCCUCAGGUUUAUUUUUAACUAGGGAACGUGUUCACAUUGUGCAGUGAAAUGUAGGAGACAACUGGGUCAGUCUGCCCUGCAGCAAGAGACAGAUCUCCUGGCCUUUGCAGACCAAACAUGUGGGAUUACUGUGGAGUAUCUCUCAUGACACCUUGCUUCUGCUCCAACAGUCAAUGUUACUGUUUAGUGUGGUUUUGGUGCCACUGCAGAAAUUCUCUUCAUCUUGCAAUUCCUUGAUGAAAGUUUUUUCACUGCACCAGGUACUCGGAGAACAAACUGGAGCAACAGAGAUGUCCCAUUAUGCAGUGCAAACCAAGCUGAGUGUUAAAUGCAUGGAGUUAUCUACUUUGAAGGAAUGAAGAGUGGGUUCUGAGUGGCAUACAAGCAUUUGCAGCAUUACUAGGGCAUUUGAGUUGAUGCUUUCAUGUGUUUCAUGUAUUUUCAUUACAUGUUACUUAAUAGCUUGUAAAAAGCAAUAUCCUCCCAUGAGACUAUAGCACAAUUUAAGUUACAAUUUUAUGGGAAAAUUACAGUGUGAGGAAAAGGAAAAACGAUGACUGCAAGCUCUCAGGGUGAGAGCUGCCCCAGAAUUAAAUCCAUUGCUGUUCCAGAACUGCAAAAGUGUUAAAAGAUGAGUGCCUUUGUGGUAGUAUCUGCCCUGAGACUAUCCAGGAAUCCAUCCUUGCUGUUCAUUCUGAACUCCAGCAUUAAGUUAUGGCCUUUCCACUACAGCUUAGCACAGCAGGCUGAAUCCCUCAUCCAUGUGCUCUGGACAGAUGAAGUGCUGAGAAGUAAAUAUACUGAAUUUCUUCCUAGUUAUCCCAAGUGCAACUCCUGCGCAGCAGUGGGAUAGAUGGGACUUCAGGGUUUGUCGCCCAUGUGCCUGCUGCUAGUGAGGUGGGAAGGCUUGGUUUGCUGCUUCCUGCUCUUGUGGGCUGAGGUGGGUAGAAGCAUUUCUUUCUUUGCAAUGAAGGAACCAGAGGCACUCCAUGCAGAGCCAAGGGAUUGGCUCUUGUGAAAAGGUAGCUUUGAUGGAAGUGUUUGCAAAUAUCCAAUAGCUGGUGAAGGCCUGGCCUGUGCUCUAGCCUGUCCUGGUGGAUCUGAUGGCAUCUCAGCCCAGUACUGAAUGUUAGGGGGAGAGUCAGUAGUUUUUCAUAGUAUGGGGAUUGUUCCAGGAGUACUGGUUUUUGCUUCUGGGCUGUAAUGGUGUCAAUGUCUCUCUGUGUUGAGCAGGGACCAGCGCAUCAGCCAGGAUGUGGAGAGGUUCUGCAGGCAGCUCAGCUCCAUGGUCAGCAAGCUAGUCAUCUCACCCUUCACACUGGCCUACUACACAUACCAGUGCUUUCACAGGUUGGCUAGGCCCAGUGAGCAUCUUUGGGUAUUUUGUCAUUGGGACGAUGAUUAACAAAGUGUUGAUGAGCCCAAUUGUGUCUAAACUUGUGCAGCAGGAAAAACUGGAGGGAGAUUUCAGGUUCAAGCACAUGCAGAUUCGUGUCAAUGCAGAACCAGCUGCUUUCUACAGGGCUGGGCGAGUGGAGCACAUGCGCACAAACCGGAGGCUGCAGAGCCUGCUGAAGACCCAGAGAGAGCUGAUAGGCAAGGAGCUGUGGCUAUCCAUUGGGAUCAACACCUUUGAUUAUUUGGGCAGCAUCCUGAGCUACGUGGUCAUUGCCAUUCCCAUCUUUUCUGGUGUCUAUGGCGACCUGAGUCCAACAGAGCUCAGUUCCCUUGUCAGUAAGAAUGCCUUUGUUUCCAUCUACCUCAUUGGCUGCUUCAGCCAGCUCAUAGAUCUUUCCAGCACUGUGACUGAUGUAGCUGGCUACACACACAGGAUUGGCGAACUGCAGGAGACCUUGCUGAGCCUUGGCAGAAAAAAAAAUGGUAACUACUCAGAAGCCAAAACCAGUUGGGAUUUGGACGGCAGCCAUUCUGGCGAGGACCCAGUGCCAAGCGACACUGCUUUUCUUCUGGAGCGAGUGACACUCUCAGUACCAUCCUCUGACAAGCUGCUCAUCAAGGACUUGAGCCUCAGGAUAUCACAAGGAAACAAUGUGAUGAUUGUGGGAAACACUGGUACAGGGAAGACAUCUUUCCUUAGGGUCCUCGGAGGACUCUGGGAGAGCACACGAGGGAGCAUCAGGAUGCUGACCUGCUUUGGCCCCCGAGGAGUGGUGUUCCUACCGCAGAGGCCCUUCUUCACUGAUGGAAGCCUGCGUGAGCAGGUGAUCUAUCCCCUGAAGGAGAUCUAUCCACUUUCAGGGUCUGCAGAUGAUGAGAGGAUUGUGAGAUUUCUGGAGCUGGCUGGGCUGACGGAUUUGCUGGCAAGGACUGGAGGACUGGAUGAACAGGUGGACUGGAACUGGUAUGACAUCCUGUCCCCAGGGGAGAUGCAGAGACUCUCAUUUGCACGGCUCUUCUACCUCCAGCCAAAAUAUGCAGUGUUAGAUGAAGCCACCAGCGCCUUGACAGAAGAGGUGGAGCAUGAGCUGUACCGUAUGUGCCUUCAGCUGGGCAUGACACUGAUCAGUGUGGGACACAGACCCAGCCUGGAAAAGUUCCACAGUUGGAUUUUGAAACUUCAUGGGGAGGGAAGAUGGGAGCUCACUCGAUGUGAGAAGAUGAAGCGGCUCCCCUCUGAGGAAGGACACUAAAGAAUACGCCCUUGUCUGGCCAGCCACAAAACCUGCACAUGUGUGGAAGAGCUCUCAAUACAAUAGCAGACAUGGAGCUGCCAAGCCAGCAGCUGUGUCAAGCAGUGCAAGACCAGUUCUGGAUUUUGCUGAUGGACACACAGUAUGUCUGAACUCAUGGUGUGGAGUUUUGCCAAGAGUAGACAUUACUAUGCCACCCUUUUCCCAGCCUCCUUCUGCCUCCCUGGCUCUCAGGAGAGAAAGCAGCUGAGCUGCUUGGCCGCCCUGAGGGAAGAUGCUGUUCAUGGGUCUUGUAAAAACAAUAGCCAGAGAAACCUCCCCUUUUUCUGGGAUACAUUGGUGUGAGGCUAGAAUGCAGCCUCCUUUUCUGCCCUCUGUGCCUUGCUCUGUCUUCCACACAGCUCUGCAGAGCAGAUUUAUGUACCUUGGGGCUCUGUCGAGAAUUGUGUUUUCCAUCAGGAGGCAAGGGGAGGAGAGAAGGGGCAUGUCUCUGCUCUCUUCAUAAUGCAUGGCUACAGGUGAAAGGAACAUUUUUGUAUUAAAAUCUGGGGACUGUUUUCAAACUGGUUUCAUGGAGAAGAGUGAAUAUUUGUUUACCAGACUGUUGCAUGUGUUUUUUUCUGGGGUUUGCUUUGGAGGAGAUGCUUGUAUAUUGGCAAUGGUCCUGGACAAGACUUUUGCAAAAGAGCAAAGCAGAGGUGAGAGUAGUAUCCCUAUCCAGGGCUGAACAUCCUACCUGCUUCUGCCUCUGCAGCUACUGCAAGGCACAAGGAACCUCAAGGAGGGCUCUCUGCCCUCUGCUUUCGUGGAAUGAAACAGUUUAUUUCCCCUUACUCUUUUGCCUAUGAUGAGUCAUGUUCUCUCCUCUGUCUACAUGGGUGUACUGAGACAGGUUUUGAGGGUCUCUUGUGUUGUGGAGAGGUCACUCCAAGACUGCAGUGGAGGUGUGAUCUGAGAACUUACUGGCCACCACUUGUUAGUGGCUUUUCUGGAUGUUUCCCUGGUUUUGCAGUGAAAAAGGAGGAGGUUGCUGCUGGCAGAGCCAGGCUAGUGGCCCUUCUGCUGCUCCACAAGAUGCUUGUCUCCUUUUAUGAUCUGCUGCACAGCCUCAUGGUCGUCCAGGGUGGUUAGGUCCCCAGGCUCACUGGCCUUGUCCGCCACUUUUCCAUAGCACCCAACGCAUAAUCUUACCUGAGCGUGUCUUGGGCAGCCGGUGUGUGACCUAUAAUGGGGAGAGCAGAGUCAAAGCUGAGAGAAAGGGCCCAGUCAAUCUGCCAGUGUGGGUGUUGGACCAGUUUGCUUGUGUUACCUGAACAUAAUCUGGAGCUGCAUACUUAGCAAUCUUCUUUGAGAUGAGCUCCUGUAGCUCGGCAGCAAGAGUCUCCUAUGUGUAGCCACUGGCCUUCUUCAGCAUAACAAACACAUAGGCUCCUGGCAGAAGGAUCACCAGGUUACAGAGCAGUGCAUACCGUGCCCCUGAGACCUGCCUGGACCUAGGGCCAGGAGAGGUCCUCUCUGCUGGUAGCCUCAGGGGAUGCUCUGUAGCCAAAACUGCAUGCUUUUGACCACACAGAAGUACUGCUGUUGCCACCCUGUGCUGCUGCCACCUUAGGCAAAGCCUAUCUGGUUGGUGGGCAUGUGCAGGUUGUGAUGGCUGUGCUGAGAUCCCCACUAACAUGCUGUAUGGUGUGGACACAGCAUUGCUACCAGUGCCUCUUCCCACUGCAGUGCCAUAGCCCUGGGAGAUGUUUUGGGGCAGGAAAGAAAGCAUCUUACCUUCUCCCUUGAUCUCAUGUGGGUAGCUAAUGACAGCAGUCUCUGCCACUGCCACAUGGUGAUUCUGGAAGAGAACAGGGCAGAGGUUUGAAUCCGUGCUUUUGGCAGGCUGUCUGCCACCUGCAGCUGCCCUGACCUGACUUGGCUGCUGCAGCCCACAAUAAUGCAGGGAGAAAACGAAAGACCUCAGAUGGCCUCUGCCUUUUUUCCUUCCUGCCUCAGUAGGUCUGCAAGCACUCGUCUUUUCCUGCUGCCCCUGACUGCUUUAGUUUGGAUGGUUUUACCUCCCACCCACAUCUCUUACCACAACAUUCUCACCUCUGCAGUGCCCAGCUGGUGUCCACUGGUGCUAAUGAUGUCGUCCAGCCGUUCUGUUAGCUGGUAGUAGCCCUCACUGGUACGAUAUGCACCAUCCCCAGUGAAGAAAAGUCCUGCAGUAGCCAGAACCAUGCCAUAGUCACUUGUUGGAGGGAGUAUGUGAGCUGCUCAGCAGCCAUACUCUCACAUUUCCCUUCCUCCUCUCUGUUGGCUUCAGGGCCAGGUACUUCAGGUACUCUGCUUCUUCCUCAACUGCUCAGGGUAAAUGUGCCUGCCUUCCUUGUUAGUCUUCUGCCUGUGUUGGUAUCUGCUCUAUCAUCAGGCUCCUGCCCUCAUUCUGCAGUGUACUGGCUAAUGCUGUGCCUGUCUCAUCACCAUGUGCUGGGAGCACUUUGCUCCAGUGCAGGUGCCUGUGGUCUUGCUGCUUCUCUUCGUAUUACAUCAAGACAUACACGCUCUUGGGCUUGUUCGGUGCCUCUGGGUGAGUCCCCAGCGGCUGACAGGGUUUGCAAGAGAUGCAGCAAGACGCCUGUGCUCAAGGGGACUGGGGGCAGAAGGACAAAUCCACUGCCUUAAAACAAUGUGUGAUCCAGUUGGGAAGGGGCAGUCGUGUGAUACCAGACCUGGGGAGAUAAAAGGCCUCAGGACUGUGGAGAGUCUCUGGAAGAACAGAGGAGCAAUACCAGAUCUCCUGAAUCCUGCCCCAUACAGAAAGCCAGCAAGUGGACCCAACCAUACCCAACCAAAUGUGUGCAAGUGUCUUGCCAUAUGUUUUCCUUACCUGGAUAAGUCAGGUAAGUUUCCAGAAAUCUCUUGUGAUCAUUGUAAAUGGUUUGUGCUAUACUGGGCCAGGCUUUUGAGAUGCAAAGAGGUCCUGAGACAUCAAUUUUUCCAGAAGGACUUCCCACCACCCACCAUAGCAGAGCUCUGCUGCCUCUCUGCCUCCAAAAAGGUUUUUUUUUCCUGCCUUUCCUUCAGGCCUUAUAUAGGUAGUUUUUAAAGGUAAAAUUUGCAGGAUUCCUUAAUGUCAUUGAUCAAAUUCCCUUUUCUUCCUAGGGGGCAAAAGAGAAGAGCAGAGAAAGGCUCUCCCUGCAAGUAGGGUAGUUUUCAGCCAGGGAUACCUAAGGAAUCAACAGUAGAGAUGACAGGGUUGGUAGAUCUCCUCUUUGCUCUUCAAAGUGCAACACCACUCACAAUCUGUGGAGCUGGUAUGUUUGGUGGACAAGCUGGACACCAGUGUGGGAGACAGGCACUCAUCCCAGACCACACACCUGUUUUGUGCCACAGCCACCCUGAGCUCAGUGGGAACCUACAAGGGCCCUGUCCCCCUGGGGACCUUUGGGCCUACAGCCUCUCCACAAAGUCAGGCCCAAGCAGCCUAAUUGUUCCACGAGUCUCUUAUUUCCUAUGCACCUCAGCAUUUUUCCUAUCCUGGGAAGACGUUAGGUUUUUCCACCAGACCAUUCCCAGAUUCUCGUAGCAGGGCAGGUGGGUGGUUGAACAAAGUUUGGCUUUCCUCUGUGGAGGAACCCAGGGGCGGCUCCCUGUGUGUCCUGGCAGAGCAAUCAGCUGGCUGGUUUUGAAGAUUGACACCCAGUUAAACCACUUUAAAAGGGUUGCACACGCCUCUGUGGCAAAGCAGGUUUAUAAACGAAUAAAGCCCGGGACAGCUCUCUUGGCUUUCGGCCUUUGUGCAGUGACUGGCUGGGCUGGGGUGUGCCGGGCCCUGGGGCAGGCCCGAGGCCAGGAGCCCCCGGGGCGCGGCCGCCUGGCCGGGAUUGCGUGUGAGAGGGCGGUGAGCGAUCUCUGAUGUAGAGCCUGGAUCAGAUCAACCUUUCAGCGCUGUAGAGCUCUAUAAAAACUGUUUCAACUGAUUAAGCUUGAGAACAAACGAGCCGACAAACACCAGUUCUCUCCCGAAUCAGGAAAAGGAAAGUGUGAAGACAUGUAGAGCAAGCAACAUGGGACACUGGAGUCAGUGAAGAAGGAGUCAAAUUCUAGACAGGAGGGGAUUGAGGAGAUGCCUUAGUUUUGGGUUGAAAUUCUUUUGUAAGGGUAUGGUGAAGAUAUAUUUGAUAUAUCAGACUUUGUUUUUUCCCUGUAAUUCGUGGAAUGCAUUGGGGAGAAUGUAGCAUUCUAACCACAGCCAUGAGCAGAAGCAUCCAUGUUGAAAUAAGCAGAUGUUGCAGCAGCUGUGAUCCAAUGAGAAUCUUGAGAUGAGAGGAGAAACCUUGCCCAGGAAUGGAAAGAAGAAGACUUCUGUUCCCAGAGAUGGAUGAAAAGAAUUUUUGCUUUUAUUCUACAGCAGCUCAUCCUUAAAAUAAUAGCCCAUAAAUUGACAUGGCCCAUGAACACAGCUGUGGGGAGGCUGCAAGAUAUGGAGGGACUUCAUGAUUGCAAAUUUCCGGGCAGCUGCUAUAUGUGGAAAUUAAAAACCAUGAGAGAGCUGUUUCUUGUGGAGAAGUCUCCAUGGCAUGGCAAGAGAGACUCCUCUCCCUAAGAGACCUGAAGAAAGACUGUUUUACAGGUGGCAAACUGACUGAAAGUCACAGGUUUUGUCUCUUUACGUUUUCAGUGGGAAAGAAAAGAGGGUGUGGGGGGAGGAGAAGUCUUCUGAAGGUUUAUUCUGAUUUCCUUUCUAUAUUUUUCUUUUAAUUCUGUUAAUAAAGUUUUCUUUAUACCCUUUAAA